UCCUAGCAUCCCAGCCCCAGCGACUGAAUUGCUGCCUUUAAAAAAAAUAAUAAUUUAAAUUAAAGAAAGGUAAAAUAGGAAGGAAACUGGCUUGUGGAUGCUGUGGGGUGGGAGGCAGCGCUGCUCUGGUCCUUAGCAAAGUUCACUUGUGUUUAGACUCCUAGAUCCCAAAGCCAGAAGGGACCAUUGCAAUCCGCUGGUCUGACCUCCUGUGUCUCACCGGCCCAGAACUCCUGGAGCAGAGCUGCUAAACUGAGUCUGGAUGUUUUUCUAAUACUUGCCAGUGACGGAGAAUCCACCCCCACCCUUGAAGGGUUAAUUACCCUCACUCUGAAAAAUGGUGUCCUUGGCAGGUUUUCCACCCCUCUCCUCAUUCUCGUGGCUCUUCUCUGACCCCUCCCCAAUUUAUCAGCAUCCUCCCUGAACUGUGGCCACCAGCCCUGGACACGGGAUUCCCGCAGCGGGGCACCAGGGCCCCACACGGUACAAGAACCUCUCUGCUCCUCCUCGAGAUUCCCGUUUAUGCACCCCAGGGUCCGACUCUCUCAGCCUCGCACUGGGCGCUCAGGUUCAGCUGAUCUCGCCCCCCCCCCCACCCCCGAAUCAUUUUCAGAGUCCCGGCCCCCCGGGAUCGAGUCCCCUCUCCUGUAGGUACGGCCGGCGUUCUUUGUUCCUAGGUGUACCCAGCGGACGCCUCAGCCUGCCGGUAAAGAAGGGGUGUUUCUCUCUCGCUCAGUACGGGCUCUGUGUCUUAGGGGCAGUUCCUGCUAGCCUGGCUGAUUUCCAGCGUGGCCUGGUGAGGUCCCUUUCCAGGCAGGCCGCGGCUCCUGUGGGCCCCGGGAACGGGGUGGCCGGGCAGGCGAACGAGAAGGAAGAUGUAGUUCCAAACCAACGGCAGAGACAUUGCUCCGCGUGAAACGCUCCUGGAGCAGCGCAGCCCCAGAGGACUGGUGCCUUGGCGGGAGCCGCCCCAGAGCUCGGCGCACAUGCAUGCCCGCCAGUGCCCAGAAGAUGACCAGGCUGCUCCUGGGGGUGACCCUGGAGAGGAUCUGCAAGGCCGUGUUGCUGCUAUGCCUGCUGCACUUCGUCAUCAUCGUGAUUCUCUACUUCGACGUCUACGCCCAGCACCUGGACUUCUUCAGCCACUUCAGUGGCAGGAACGUCUCCCGGGCCCAGCCCUCCUCCAGCUCCUCCCGGCCCAACGGCACCGCCCCCAGCUGUGGGCCGGCCGGUGCUGACCCAGCCUCCAGCGCCAACCACUCCGGCACCGAGAAGCCCUUACUGCCCUGCCAGGAGGUGCCGCCUGGCUUAGUUGGCCGGCUCCUCAUCGAGUUCAGCUCGCCCAUGAGCAUGGAGCGGGUGCAGCGGGAGAACCCAGACGUGAGGGAGGGUGGCAAGUACGUGCCCCCAGACUGCCAGCCCCGCCAGAAGGUCGCCAUCCUCAUCCCCUUCCGCCACCGGGAGCACCACCUGCGGUACUGGCUGCAUUACCUGCACCCCAUCCUGCGCCGGCAGAAGGUUGCCUACGGCAUCUACAUCAUCAACCAGUACGGCGAGGACACCUUCAACCGGGCCAAGCUGCUCAACGUGGGCUUCCUGGAGGCCCUGAAGGACGAGGACGACUACGACUGCUUCGUCUUCAGCGACGUGGACCUGGUCCCCAUGGACGACCGCAACUUGUACCGCUGCUACGAGCAGCCGCGGCACUUCGCCAUCGCCAUGGACAAGUUCAGCUUCAGGCUGCCAUACGCUGGCUACUUCGGGGGCGUCUCAGGCCUGAGCAGGUCCCAGUUCCUGAAGAUCAACGGCUUCCCCAAUGAGUACUGGGGCUGGGGAGGCGAGGAUGACGACAUCUUUAACCGGUGGGUGACCCCCGGUGCUGCGUGCCAGGUCCCUUGGAUCUCUCUGAACGGCAUGAAGGUGUCGCGCCCCGACGCCCGCAUCGGGAGGUACCGCAUGAUCAAACAUGAGCGCGACAAACACAACGAGCCCAACCCACAGAGGUUCACCAAGAUCCAGAACACCAAGGUGACGAUGAAACGGGACGGCAUCAGUUCCCUGCAGUACCGGCUGGUGGAGGUGACGCGCCGGCCCAUGUACACGAACGUCACGGUGGACAUCGGCAAGCCGCCCCCACGCCCAGCCCGGGGCUAGCACCUUCCCCCAGCCCACGGGAGCUGGCCGUGCCCUGGCAGGGGAGGCUCUGUGCCCUGGGCUGGCUGGAUGCGGAGCCGCCUUGCCCUGGCCCAGGGGUGCGGAUCGAACCGGGACGUGUUCGGCCCACGCUGUCUGCCUUCUGGAUGUGGCUGCGCCUCAGACUCCCCCCUCACAGCGCGGUGGUUAGCCCUGCCCCGCGGGCCGGGGACAAUGCAGCAGCCCCCCCACUCUCCAAAACGGCCCCAGCCAGGGGCUUGUGAGAGCUUCAGGCUCUGGCUAACAAACCCCAGCCCUUGACGAGGAGAUCCAAGCACUGAACUCCGUCUGCAGCUUCCUCGGGACCGGGCAUGCUCUGCGCUGUGGUCCUGGCCGGGCGUGUCACCCGCAGGGUCCAUCGCUGCCCCAACCGGCUCAGUCUGGGCCAGCGGCAGAAGGGGCUCUGUGCCCUGCGUGUUCAGUUCUAGCUGGGCCAGGGCUCGUUUCUGUGGGUGCUCGCAGGGCUCCUGUGGGGCAGUGUGACUGGGAGAGGGGCCAGUGCCCUCCGCCUGGCCCCGUCAGGCUCCCUGCCACCUGCUCCCCCUCCUGCCCUGCCCUGUGGAUGCUUUGCUCCCAGCAGGGCACAGGGCUCUGAGCACAGACGCAGCCCCUCUCGCUGUCUUCCUCAGCCGUGUCAGCUAGUGCUUACAGCCCAGGCCAGGACACCUGGGUCCUAAUCUCAGCUCUGCCCCAGGGGCAGACCUUGGGCAAGUUUUGUGCCUCAGUUUCCCCCAUACCAGGGGCUCAUGGGCUGGCCCCUCCCGCACGCUGUGGCUGUGUGUGUGGGUGUACUGUAUCCCUGAGAGGCUUCAAAGGGACUAUUCCCAUCCUGGCCCUGCCGAUGGGCUGCGCUGAGGGUGUCACAAAGCGGGGGAGCCCUUCUCUGCCCCCCUCACUCCCUACAACCCCCCUGUGCGGAUGCUCCACUUAGCGGGGGAAGGCGUCUCGCAGCCUGGGGAGGUGGGUCACACCAAAAUGGCUGCUUCUGGAAGGAAGGUUGGUGGCUCUGUGGAUAUCCCCAGCUGUGGGCGGGGGCGCAAUGCAAGCCUAGACCCAGCCCCUCGCUCGCUGUCCCCUGGUGCUUCCUGCCAGGCAGCCCUGUGCCUCCCCCGCCCGCCGACUCCAGCCGCGCCUGGUGCUGCACCCACCCAAGGGCCCUUUUUCCAGCACAGAACACUGCAGCCCAGCUCUUCUCUAGGGCCGGGCCCUCAGCAGGGGGCGGACAUGAUCUCCAGAACUAGUUUGCCUGGUGCCCUAGGAAGGGGAGGGCUCCUUGGUGGGGAUGGGCACUGCUGGCCCUGGGGGGCAGGAGCUGGUGGUGGGGCAGAGCCCUGGGGGUUCCCUCCCUCUCUCCAGCCCAGGGCCAUUGCACUGGCAUGGAGCUCUAUGUAUAGUUUAACCUGUCCACCCCCCCUCCCCAAGACAUGGCCCCAUCCCUCGCUGCCUGUCCCGGCUGGGCCCCAAGCCUGAUGCGUGCGAGAACACUGCCAGGGGGCAAGGAACCAGCACCACCUUGACUGCCAGGAAGUGGGGGGCACAGCAUCCUGCCACCCCCCCUCCCUUGUACUGCUGCCCCCCAAGCCCUGCCAUGUACCACUGCUCCCCGCCCCCCCCAUUCUGAGCCCCCGAGUCAUGGCCUGGUCCCAGCCCUGCCCUGGAGCGAUGAGAGAGAAGCAACCAGUGCCUGGGUGGGGCGACUGCCCCUGCCCCCAGCGGUGAUGUUCCCUCUGCACGCUGGGGGGCAGGGAAGGCGGCGGGCAGCACGCCCAGGCCAGGGACACCGCUGUCUUCUGUCCGUUUGAAUGUUUGACCGGUUUUGAGCGUAUCCCGAAUGCAGCCUUUGGUCCCAGCGACCAGACUUUUGUAUUUAAUAAAGUUUCAAAAAUUCA